AUGUCAUAUCUUUUCGCGUGCAAGUUACUGGGAUCAUCAGCAUUCAGUCGAGAGCUCUAUCUUGUAUCUAAAGCGGGGGAAGCCGGACGGCCGGUGCCACUGCCCUCGUGGAGAAGGCCCAUGGAGAAUGCGGGGUUAUUUAUUGACUUGUCCUUCCGAACUCGCUUAGACUCGUUUUCCACUAACCAGCAAGCGACCAGCCGUUUUCAGAAACAUUUGAAUCCGCACAGUCACUUAUAUCUUACUUCGCAUAUUAGGAGCCUUUCUCAAACCCGUUCAAUCAUGGCAGAAGACCAGAAAAUCCCUUCCAACAGCUCUCCAGUUCCCGACCCCGUCCCAUCCUUUUGGACAUCAACACCUUCUCCGCUCAGUAACCACCGCACAACACCCGAUCUCCCCACAACAAGCGACAUAGUCAUUAUCGGCGCCGGUCUCGCCGGUGUCGCAACAGCUUACCAAAUACUGAAGCAGCACCAAGGCUCCAUCGCGCAGAAGCCUCUUCCUUCCAUCCUCAUCCUCGAGGCCCGGGAGAUAUGCUCCGGCGCGACGGGCCGAAACGGAGGCCACGUCAAACCGGACGUUUAUUACAACGUCGGCAAGUACGCCAGCUUGUACGGAAUGGAAGCCGCCGCCGAGAUGGCUAGGUUCGAGGCUGAGCAUGUAUAUGCCGUCAAGAGCCUGAUCGAGACCGAGGGUCUGGAUUGCGAUUUCCGCCUCACUAGAGCAGUGGACGUGUGUUUGGAUGCCGACCAUGCCCGAGAGACCGAGGCCGCGUAUAGAGAGCUGGUCAAGGCCGGCGUGGCUGACCUGCGGGAUGUUGACUUCACGCCGAAGGAGGACGCAGAGAGGAUAUCCGGAGUUAAAGGUGCACAGUGCUGCUUCUCGUUUACAGCCGCACACCUCUGGCCAUUCAAACUGGUCCACCAACUCCUGCAACGGCUCAUCGAUCAAGGCAGCGUCAACGUGCAGUCCAACACCCCAGUGACCUCCAUAACAUCCAACCCAGACUCAGACGGGCGCUGGACAAUCACCACACCCAGGGGUAACGUGGUAGCGCGCAAUGUCGUCCACGCUACCAACGCAUACACGGCACACCUCCUGCCCGAGUACACAGGCCACAUCGUUCCAGUUCGUGGUGUGUGCAGCCGUAUUGUGCAUCCAGAGGGGCAGCACGGCAGUCGACAUCUUGUCAACACGUACGGUAUUAGAUACAGCGCGCGGGACUACGACUAUCUUAUUCCCCGCGCUGAUGGGAGUAUAGUGGUCGGGGGCGCGAGGCAGACGUUUUGGCACAAGCCGGAAUUGUGGUUCAACAAUGUCCGUGACGAUGAGCUGGUUGAGGAAGCUGGGGGAUAUUUUGACGGGUACAUGCAGCGCAUGUUUCGGGGCUGGGAAAAUAGUGGUGCGACUGUCGAUAAGGUGUGGACUGGGAUUAUGGGUUAUUCGUCGGACUUUAUGCCCCACGUGGGACAUGUCCCUGGCAAAGACGGCCAGUAUAUCAUUGCAGGUUUCUCUGGACACGGGAUGCCAGAGAUCCUAUUAGCGAGCCGUGGCGUAGCGGAAAUGGUCUGCGGGGAUGUUUCCUUUGAGGCUACUGGCCUCCCGCGAUUAGUCAAGACGACUGCCGAGAGGAUUAGCAAGGAGCGUGGCAGUGCGCUCGAGGAGUCUCUCAGCUCGACGUUGGGUGACGAGCAUAGGAUUCUGAGGUAAUCAUGAAAGGACUGUGAUGUAAUCGAGUCAGUA